AGUCAUAAUAUUUCUGCUUUACAAUUCACACGAUUUCUUUAUUUCCCAAUAAGUAAGUAAUAAUAACUAAAUAGACAUCAGAAGGUCUUCUGUAUCAAAAAUGUACAUUGUGUGAGGUAAGUAAUUGGUCAGGAGCCAUUGAUUGACAGUAAAACGGACCACUCAGUGAAGACAUUCUUUCCACGCCCUCCUCAACCGGAAAAUAAUUACAUAACAAACAAAAGCGACUUGCUGGCUGGCAUGAAAAGACAAGAUAUAACAACUUUAAAUAAGUUACUUUUAUAAUGUCGCGUUUAUGACUAUAUGUUUAUCAUACUUUCUUCAAGACAUAUCUUGUUAGCUACAGCUGCUAGAUCAAUUUAUACUUUUUGUUGUUGUUGCUAGCUAACGUCAAAUUAUGCCUCAAGAGAUUCAAGGGGGAGAAGAACAGCUCCCGUUGGUAAGGUCUCUGAAAAGCGGAAUACCGUCGAUUGCAGUGUUUUGUAACCGGAGUCCUCGAAUCAUGCGACCAGUAUGGAUUAAUUUCCGCGGGGAACCUCAACCCUACGAUAUUUUACAGCCAGGAAAAGGAAUGAAAAUGAACACCUUCGUAGGUCAUCCUUGGAUGUUCAGAGAUGCAGAAACAGAUGAGGCGCUGAAGGCGAAUAGUAAAGAGAUGUUCCUGCCCAAACCAAUGGAGAAUGGACAGGCUGUCCAGGUUAACAUCACAUUACCAGUCCUCAGCUUGAAGGAGCGUGCCCUCCAGGUAGUGCGGCGCCUGGUCCGUCCAGAGGACUACAGGAGGCUGGAGAUUGCUCGGUGUCUCCAUGAGGAGCUGGAGGACCGUCCCAGCGUGCUGAAGGACCUGAUGCGCAUCGCCCAGCGCGUGGAACAGCGCCUCCUAGAAGACAGGCAGCAACCCCAGGAUGCAUGAGGAGCAACUUAGAGUAGGAGUGCUUAUAUAGAUAUCGCUAUAUGGAUGGCUCUGAUGUUGAUGUUUCUGAAUCUAUCAAAAUAAUAAGAUGACAGAAUGUAAGAUUGUUUGAUUGGACACUGGGAGGUCAGGGUUGAAUUCACUGCUGUAGCGACUACCGUGGAUCUUCUCCAUUUUUUUUAUUUUUAUUGUUGCAAUUGUUUAAUAUGGUCUUCGUAGCUUAGGAAAAAAAUGUGUAAACCAAUUCAGUGGUCUGACUUUUAGAGAAAGGAUCAUCAACAUGAUUCAGCUGCUGGCUGUUUUUUUGUUCUUGCGGAAUGUCAGGUGGUUGGAACAUAAUUACAAUUUAUUUGUAGACUGCAAAAUCACUGCAAGAAGCCCAAACAUUUAUAAGAUUUGACGAAAGCAUAAUAAUUUCAAACCUUGCUUACAUUUGUGCACGGUUACAUAGCUCUCUUUUUUGCCACAUGAGAAUACUUUGGAACAGAUUUCUGAAAUUUCAAUCACUUGGAGCUGAUUUGAUGUUUUUUUAGUUUUUUUUUAUGUCCAAAUAUAUAUAUAUAUAUAUAUAUAUAUACACACACACUACCAGUCAAAAGUUUGAACACACCUACUCAUUUCAAUGUUUUUUUUUCUUUAUUUUGACAUUGUAGAACAAUAGUGAAUACAUUACAACUAUGGAAUUGUGUAGUAACCAAAAAAGUUACUAAAAAACCCCCCCAAGAAAUUCUUCUAAGUAGCCACCCUUUGCCUUGAUGAGAGCUUUGCACACUCAUUACAUUCUCUCAACCAGCUUCAUGAGGUAGUCAUCUGGAAUGCAUUUCAAUUAACAGGUGUGCCUUGUUUAAAGUUAAUUUGUGGAAUUUAUUUUUGAUCCAAUCAGUUGUGUUGUGACAAGGUAGGGAUGGUAUACAGAAGAUAGCCCUAUUUGGUAAAAGACCAAGUCCAUAUUAUGGCAAGAACAGCUCAAAUAAGCAAAGAGAAACGACAGUCUAUCAUUACUUUAAGACAUGAAGGUCAGUCAAUGCGGAAAAUUUAAAGAACUUUUAAUGUUUCUAUAAGUGCAGUCGCAAAAACCAUCAAGCGCUAUGAUGAAACUGGCUCUCAUGAGGACCGCCACAGGGAAGGAAGACCCAGACUUACCUCUGCUGCAGAGGAAAAGUUCAUUAGAGUUAACUGCACCUCAGACAUUGCAGCCCAAAUAAAUGCUUCACAGAGUUCAACUAACAGACACAUCUCAACAUCAACUGUUCAGAGGAGACUGUGUGAAUCAGGCCUUCAUGGUCGAAUUGCUUAAAAGAAACCACUACUAAAGGACACCAAUAAUAAGAAGAGACUUGCUUGUGCCAAGAAACACGAGCAAUGGACAUUAGACCGGUGGAAAUUUGAGUCCAAAUUUGAGAUUUUUGGUUCCAACCUCUGUGUCAUAGUGAGAUGCAGAGUAGGUGAACGGAUGAUCUCUGCAUGUGUGGUUCCCACCGUGAAGCAUGGAGUAGGAGGUGUGGGGGUGCUUUGCUGGUGACACUGUCAGUAAUUCAUUUAGAAUUCAAUGCACACUUAACCAGCAUAGCUACCACAGCAUUCUGCAGGGAUAUGUCAUAUCAGGUUUGCGCUUAGUGGGACUAUCAUUUUGUUUUUCAACAGGACUAAAGGAGGGCUAUUGGACCAAGAAGGAGAGUGAUGGAGUGCUGCAUCAGAUGACCUUGCCUCCACAAUCCGUCGACCUCAACCCAAUUGAGAUUGUUUGGGAGGAGUUGGACCACAGAGUGAAGGAAAAGCAGCCAACAAGUGCUCGGCAUAUGUGGAAACACCAAGACUUUUGGAAAAGCAUUCCAGGUGAAGCUGGCUGAGAGAAUGCCAAGAGUGUUUAAAGCUGUCAUAAAGGCAAAGGGUGGCCAACUUGAAGAAUCUCAAGUUUAAAAUAUAUUUUGGUUUGUAUAACACUUUUUUGGUUACUAUGCGAUUCCAUAUGUGUUGUUUCAUAGUUUUGAUGUCUUCACUAUUAUUCUACAAUGUAGAAAAUAGUAAAAUUAAAACCUCGAAUGAGUAGGUGUGUCCAAAACUUUUGACUGGUGUGUGUGUAUGUAUAUAUAUAUAUAUAUAUAUAUAUAAAUUAUUAUUUUUGCUCAGAAAACUUGGGUGACCAAAUAAAAUCCCCCACUGGUUGGGGAACCCUGCUUUGGAGCGUUUAAGACUUUCAAGCAGGUUUUGCUCAUCAGCUUGUUAAUCAAAUAUACUGGGCUUGGAAUAAGAUUAAAUCAACCAAAAAAUAUUGAUUUAGCUUGAUUUACACAUUAGCUGGCAAUCAAGGUAGCAUUUUUUUAUUUUGUUUUGUUACAUACUGUAACUUUAUAAUGAACAAGCUCAACGUAUUUAUUCAUCAUAAAAUGUAAAGUUGUGAGAAAAGAUGUACAGGUUUGAAUGAGGGAUGGGUCAAAGUAACUAUUAUAAACUGGGUGGUUUGAGCCCUGAAUGCUGAUUGGCUGACACCUUUGGUAUAUCAGACCAGAUACUACAGGUAUAACAAAACAUUUAUUUUUACUGCUCUAAUUUCGUUGGUAAUUAGUUUAUAAUAGCAAUAAGGCACCUCGGGGGUUUGUGGUAUAUGGCCAAUAUACCACAGCUAAGGGUUGCGAUGCGUCGUGCCUACGAACAGCUCUUAGUCGUGGUAUAUUGGCCAUAUACCACACCCCCUUGUGCCUGCUUAAGUAUAGGAAUAUAUACUGAGUGUACAAAACAUUAAGCAUCUUCCUAAUAUUGAGUUGCACCCCCAGGAUGCCCUUUUGUUGGUGGACCAUUCUAGAUACACACGGGAACCUGUUGAGCAUGAAAAACCAAGAACAUUGCAGUUCUUGACACAAAAUAGUGCGCCUGGCACCUACUACCAUACCCCGUUCAAAGGCACUUCCAUUUUUUUGUCUUGCCCAUUCACCCUCCGGAUGACACACAUACACAAUCCAUGUCUCAAAAAUCCUUGUUUAACCUGUCUCCGCCCCUUCAUCUACACUGGUUGAAGUGAAUUUAACAAGUGACAUCAAUAAGGGAUCAUAACUUUUAGCUGGUCAGGCUCAUGGAGUGGGUGUUCAUAAUGUUUUGUACACCCAGUGUAUACUGCAAACAACCUUUGAGGCUACGUGAAAAAUGCAUACUGUAUGUAUCUACGUGCCUGUUUUUUUUGCAAUGUUUUCUAUUUGUAAUAUAUUCCACAUAUGCAAAAGACUGAUACAUAAACCUAAUAAAUGUUUAUGUUCUUG